UGAUCAGGCUGCCUGGGGAAGAUCAGGCAGCAGUGGAGUGCUGAGGAUUUCUCUUGAAUCAGUCUGAGGUCAGAAGCUGUGCGUGAGAGGAAAAUGUAAAGAAAGCAGCUGAAUGAGCCGAGGUCUGUUCUCAGGAAAAACACACAAACACAUAUACGAGAAAAAGAAGCUUGUUAUUCAUUGGAGGUGGAGGAAGUUUAAAAUGGCAAGAAUGGCAUGCCCACCAUUUACAGAUACAUGUGACGACUGCUGAAGAUGUCCGAUAGUAUUGAUGCUGAAGAGAAACCACCAGCUCCUCCCUUGAGAAUGAACAGUAAUAAUCGUGAUUCAUCAUCCCUUAACCAUGGCUCGAAGCCACUUCCAUUGGUUCCUGAGGAAAAGAACAAGAAAGCCAGACUGCGUUCGAUCUUCCCAGGAGCAGGCGACAAGACGAACAAGAAGAAGGAAAAAGAACGCCCAGAGAUCUCUCUUCCUUCAGAUUUUGAGCACACGAUUCAUGUGGGAUUCGACGCAGUUACAGGAGAAUUUACAGGCAUUCCUGAGCAAUGGGCAAGACUUCUACAGACGUCCAACAUUACUAAACUGGAGCAAAAGAAAAACCCUCAGGCUGUCCUGGAUGUCCUGAAAUUCUACGAUUCCAAAGAGACUGUCAAUAAUCAGAAAUACAUGAGCUUCACUUCUGGAGCAGUCUAUUCACUGAUGGUACCCCUUCUAAAGCAGUACAAGUGCACAGAGAUAACUGAUAAACCAGCUGAUGGAUACAUAGCAGCAAAUGCUCUGAACACCAAGAUAGCAUCAGAACCACCAAUUGUACCACCCGUGUCAGAGGAUGAUGAUGAAGAUGAUGACGAUGAUGACAACAUGCCACCGCCAGUGAUAGCGCCACGACCAGAACACACCAAAUCGAUUUUUACCCGCUCAGUGAUUGAGCCCAUUGUGCCAGUGGCUCCUGUUAAAGAUGUGACAACCUCUCCAGUCACAACACCACCUGAAAACAUCACCACCAGUCUGAACAGCCAGCUUUGCAGAAAUACGGACAAGCAAAGGAAGAAAUCCAAGAUGACAGAUGAAGAGAUUCUUGAAAAAUUAAGAAGCAUAGUGAGCGUGGGUGACCCCAAAAAGAAGUACACGAGAUUUGAAAAGAUUGGGCAGGGAGCAUCAGGCACUGUAUACACUGCAAUAGACAUUGCCACUGGGCAAGAGGUGGCAAUCAAGCAGAUGAACCUACAGCAACAACCCAAGAAGGAGCUGAUUAUAAAUGAAAUCCUUGUCAUGAGGGAAAAUAAGAAUGCCAACAUUGUGAACUAUUUAGACAGUUACCUUGUAGGGGAUGAGCUCUGGGUAGUAAUGGAAUAUCUGGCUGGAGGCUCCUUGACAGAUGUAGUCACAGAGACCUGUAUGGAUGAAGGCCAGAUAGCAGCAGUGUGCCGGGAGUGUUUACAAGCCCUGGAAUUCCUUCACUCCAAUCAAGUUAUCCACAGAGAUAUCAAGAGUGACAACAUACUGCUGGGAAUGGAUGGAUCAGUUAAAUUAACGGAUUUUGGAUUCUGUGCUCAAAUCACCCCUGAACAGAACAAACGGAGCACAAUGGUGGGGACGCCAUAUUGGAUGGCGCCAGAAGUAGUGACUCGAAAAGCCUAUGGUCCAAAAGUGGACAUAUGGUCAUUAGGAAUUAUGGCAAUUGAAAUGAUUGAAGGAGAACCGCCUUAUCUGAAUGAAAACCCUCUCAGGGCCUUGUAUUUGAUUGCUACCAAUGGGACUCCAGAACUGCAGAACCCAGAGAAACUCUCAGGAGUCUUCAGGGACUUCCUCAAUCGCUGCUUAGAAAUGGAUGUGGAGCGGCGGGGCUCAGCCAAGGAGCUUCUUCAGCAUCCAUUUUUGAAAUUUGCAAAGCCACUGUCAAGUCUCACACCUCUGAUAAUUGCAGCUAAGGAGGCAGUUAAAAACAACCGUUAGAGCAAGGGAUGGAUUCCAUCAACACCCCUCUCUCCCUCCUGCCUUCAAAGAGGGGAUAACCAGAGCUGGACAGUGUCUCACCUGGAGAAACCUCGAGCUCUUUCCGCUUCAGGACAGAGAAAGCUAGCACAGCGAUGGGGUAUUACAAUGAUGUCUCUUCUCAUCUUAACACCUUGUCCCAUCUGAAGUCUUGAUUUUAAAACAGAGUUGCCCAUAUUGAAAUGGCAUUGUGGUGUUUUCCUUUACUUUUCACUUUUCUCCUCCCAGCAUAAAAUUUUCAAUUUUUUUUUACCAAUGUUUGGCCAUUUUGAGGGUCUAAGUAGAGACUUGACACAUUUGUAAAAUAUCAAGGCUUACUAGCAAGGCUGUAAACUAGCAAUCGAGCGAAGCCUUUUGGAAACAUUUGUUUUGACAAACGAAAACAGCUCUUCAGGAAUUGCCCGUGAUUGUGAAGUAAAUGUCUGGGUAUUUUAAUGUUCCAGUGGGUACUAAACCAUGCCAUGCUUCCAAAAGAGAGAUGCUCUGUCAGACUAAAAAAAAGAGGCCUUAAGUUCUUUGGUAUUGCUUUAUAACACAUUCACGGUUCUGUGACAAAUGAAGUUUUCAUUCUUUUGUGUAUAUAUAUAUUUUUUACAGGUUUCAAGUCUAUCUCUUAAUAUUCCUUUAGUAUAUACUCUUAAUAUUUAUUGGUACUGGCGCUGGAACUAUUGGGUUUUCUGUUGGAUAUCUUGAUAUUUUUGUUUCCCAAUCACCUGCAGUAUUCUGGAAAGGUUCCUUUUUUUUAUGCUUUGGAAAGCUGUUCAGUAAGCGCAAGCUCAAAGAUGGUGUGGAUUGUUGAAAUAAUGGAAACCAUUCCUAGCAAAGGGGCAAUCCAUGUGUCCUGACACAAUCGCUGUAAGAUGGCUAGGAUCCCAAAUGUUGUUCAAAUGGAGAAAGGCCAAAUCCUCUUAUGUUGAUUUUGUUUCAGUGAUGGACUUCAUUUUGCAAAGAAUCUUAGAAAGGUUGGAGUAGAAGUAUUUUAUGUCUGUGUGUGUAUGUGUGUGCGUGUGUGUCCAUAUACAGUAUUUGUUUUAUCCUCAAUUUUCUAAGUUAUUUUUCCAGGAAGCCAGAUAUCUAACAAUAAUGAAACAAUAUGAAUUGAAAUGAACAGUGAGUUAGUCAGUCACUCUUUCUGCUUCUACCCAAGCAAGUCUCAAAAAACAAGUAGAACUUUCAACCAAUUGCUAGAUUCAGACUUGGCAAACAAAACUCCAUGACUUGCAGUAUCCAAAUUGUAGUGGAAAAACUAGAAUCUGGUUUUGUUUCUCAAAUUCACUCACCAGAUGUGAGCAUCACUGGAUUGGCCAGUAUUUAUUGCCCAUCCUCAAUUUCAUUAUAUAAACUUGAAAAUCUGGCUCAUUUCUGUCAGAAAACACCACUUUCUUCUUUUCAAUAAUAAAAUGGUUUCUCAAGCCGUCGUGAACUGUUUACAGACACUUCAAUUUACAUUUUGCACUGAAUUAUUUUAAUUUCUUAUUUUCUAAAGAGCUGACAUGUUCAAGGAAAAAGUUAGUACUGUGGGGCAAUGAAAAUGGAAGUAACUCUCUCUAUAUAAUGUGCAGUUUCUGAUCCCCAAAUGGUCCAUUUGGAGGAUAUCAAUCCCAGAGUGAGGUCUCACAAUAUCGUGAAUCCUCAUAUGAUCCUCUAAAUUACUAGACUGAUGUGAGGCCCCUCUUAUAGGACAUUAAAAGGAAAAUUGUGUAAUUCUGUCCUGAGAUGGAGUAAAAGGUGUCUCCAUUGGUUUGAAAAACAGACCAAAGACAUUGAUACUGACAUUGGGAAGUAACCAUGCACUGUGGAGAUCUUUUUCUUUUUUUUUAGUCACAUAAAACCCCAUUUCCAUUAUUAAUGGAUGAAUAGAGGCCUCCCAUGAAGAAUCUUGUCACUUGAAACACCCAGUGUUUAUAUCCGUCCACCUUUUUGCAAACAAAAUGUAAUAUUAUGCAGAAUUGAGCUGGGCAGAAUAAGCAGCACGAUAUCUGUUUUUCUAGUACAGCUCAUAAAAGUUAGGAACUGUGCUUUCUUAUUUAAAGCAGUGAGGAGAACACUGCAGGCCUACCCCACUCCUCCUGAUGUAAUCGCCCUUUAUCUUUGGUGAAAUCACUGGUAGUGUCACUGGUGACAUUUCCAAGCAUUAUCCCCCACUCUAUCCCAAGGCGCCCCACUAGCCAACAACUGUAGUUUAAAUGUAUCACAAGUGAAUGAUCACCGAACAUUGCUGCACAUACCUUCAUCAGUGGAAGAAUUAUUUUGAUUAACUUUAAAUACAUCAAAGGAGUGACUUGAAUUUUUUUUCUGUCUGUGGUGUCUUGAUGACAAGUGAUGAUGAGGGGUUGCUACCUUGAAAUCUGAAACGUGGCAGAAAAUCGAAUAUACCCAAUGUGAUUCAAGGUAUUGGUGAUAGUAUGAGCAUGUGCUGAAGGAAUAUCUGUAACAUACACAUACAUUUAUGACCUAGAAUAUGCAAACCCUAAUAUAUUGAGCUUAUACAUCAAUAUUUCUAGUUAAUUUCUGAGUUAGAGACCCUACAUGAGACAUUAUUGAGACAAGGGAGGAGGGACAAGUUGCUUCAUAUUACUUUUCCGUUGUUCUUAGAAAUUGAGGAAGUCAAACUUCUUUUUAAUAAACUCUCAUGAACUGUUUUUCAAAACAUUCUGUGGAGCCCUUUGCAAAAGUUUCAGAAAAUCAUUUAAUCAUUUUUUGUUAAAUUCAUAAAAAUUGAAGUAUUUCUGAGAAAGCUAUCAAUCAGUAAAUGUUUGAGCUGUUGCUAAGAUAUUGAGAAUCUGGGAUCUUGUUAGAGAUUCUAGUGUAGAUGAGUUAUAAUUCAGUCACUCCAAAUAAACCACAUUAAAAAAACUAACCAAAAUCAAGGAUUUUUCUUUUCCAGUUUCAGCAUAUAAAAUUUCAGUGGGAGGUUGCAGCAAUGUUUUGCUUUUUAAUUUUGAUAUUUUUCUUCCCUUAAGGGGAAGAUUUAUUUUGAUUUUUAAAGUUUUUACCCAAAAGCAGUGGAAUGCUGCAACAUGAUUAAAAUUUCUAACAUUUCAUUUCUUGUCUGGAAAAGUAAUUGCCCUUUUUUUUACAAAGGGAAAUUUAGUUAAGUGCAGUCCCAAUGUAGUACGUAUCCAUGCAGCAUAAGGCUCAGUAACCAGUCUGUGCAAAAUUAGCUGAUCACAGUACAGAUGCUUUAAUUAACCACAGCACGUAUCUUUGGCGCUAUGGAGUGGGUGAGGGGUAAAAUCAGUGUCCUGCUGCUGAUUGUUGUCUGCUGGAAAGGAUGUGUGCCUCAUCCUCUGUUGAAGACAGAAUCAGGCAGUGCUGUGAUCUACUGACAGUCCUUUUAUCUGCUGACACUGUCCAGGCUUGCAGUGAAAAAUGAGUAAACUCUGAUGCCUUUUAACGGUAUUCUAGCAUGACAUUGUGCCACUGGGCAAGGACAGGAGCUGGAUAACAGAAUGCCUUUUGUUUUAAUCUGCAGGAGUACUUUCUUUUAAGAAUAAAACAACUGACCAAUUCCUCAUGUUAGUUGAUCAUUUAAGAAUUUUGUUUUGGUCAUCUAGCCUGCCUCACCAGUCCCAUUGUAGCAAAUGCCUAUAUUUUUUAAAAGAUAAAGAAACUGCUAAUAGUAAACAUUCCACAAAUAUCUUGAUUUCAGAGGCGUAAGGCAAAACUGAAGCAAUUUUUUUUUUAGAUGCGCCUUCCUUAAGUGAGAGCCAUUCCACUGUUUUUGCAUUUCUUUUUGUAAUUGUUUGGCACCUUCCCCUUAAACCAUCUUAAAAAAAAUCACUAAUGUGUUCAUUUAAAUGUAUAAGAAAAUUUAAUGGUAGUUAACCAGAGUAUUUUAAGGAUAAUUCCGAGACGCUGAAUGUUAUACAUUCAAACCAUAGGAAAAUAAGAGCUGGAAUAGGAUGGAAUAUUGCUGUUCAAUGUGUCAUGACACCUUUUUGUUUCUACUUCUUUGAUUGUAUGUCCACUUUUGGAAGAAGUGUUAUCUGUGCAUUUGAUGUGAAAUCUCUUCUACUGUGAAAACGAUUUUUGUAAAAGGUACUCUGGAUUUUUUUUUUCCUUUUUGACACUUUUUAAAUUUAAUUUGGGGAAAUGCUGGAAAUGACUUUGUUGCGCACACAAUCCCAGACCUCAGCGUUCAGCUAUGUUGUUGGUUGGUUAUGUUUUGUUUUCACUUUUUUUGUUCCGUCUGGUCUCAAUGUUUCAGACGAGUCGAAGCAAUAGACGUAAUUCAUUUAAACUGUGGAUUGUGCAUGAAUAGUGUCUUUAGUGUAAAAAACAAAAACCACAAAAAAA